UAAAUCCUUGACUCCGCUACUCAGAGGCGUGGUUGCGGUUGAGCAUCUCAGCUCCGCGGCGCUGGAGGCUGGAGCUGGAGCUGCGCUUUGUUCUGGGCACCCGCGUCUCUCCCUUCCCUCUCCUUGCAUCCUCUUCCUCAGCCUCUGUGUCCCCGAGCCGCCCUCCUCCCUCCGCUUCUACACUUGUGGCCCAGAGCCCUUGCCAGGUCCUGAUUUUUGCCUUUUCCUCCCCAGGCCAGGGUCGCUCCUCCAGGCCCCGCCCCUCCAGGCACGGCAUGUCCCCCGCUGCCCAGCGCCCAUGGUCCUGACGCUGCUCUUCUCCGCCUACAAACUGUGCCGCUUCUUCACCAUGUCGGGCCCACGGCCGGGCGCCGAUCGGCUGACAGUGCCGGGCCCAGAUCGGAGUGGCGGCGCCAGCCCCUGGUGGGCUGCGGGCGGCCGCGGGUCCCGCGAGGUGUCGCCAGGGGGGACCGAGGUACUAGGAGCCCUGGAGCGUUCGCUGCCGGAGCUGCAGCAGGCGCUGUCCCAGUUAAAGCAGGCGAGCGCGGCGCGGGCGGUGGGCGCGGGCCUCGCCGAGGUCUUCCAGCUGGUGGAGGAGGCCUGGCUGCUGCCCGCUGUGGGCCGCGAGGUGGCCCAGGGUCUGUGCGAUGCGAUCCGCCUGGACGGGGGCCUGGACUUGCUGCUGCGGCUGCUGCAGGCACCGGAGCUGGAGACCCGCGUGCAGGCCGCGCGCUUGCUGGAGCAGAUCCUGGUGGCUGAGAACCGGGACCGCGUGGCGCGCAUCGGCCUAGGCGUGAUCUUGAACCUGGCGAAGGAGCGCGAGCCGGUGGAGCUGGCGCGGAGCGUGGCGGGCAUCUUGGAGCAUAUGUUCAAGCAUUCGGAGGAGACGUGCCAGCGGCUGGUGGCGGCCGGCGGCCUGGACGCGGUGCUGUACUGGUGCCGCCGCACAGACCCGGCGCUCCUGCGCCACUGCGCUCUGGCGCUGGCCAACUGCGCGCUGCACGGGGGCCAGACGGUGCAGCGGUGCAUGGUGGAGAAGCGCGCUGCCGAGUGGCUCUUCCCGCUCGCCUUCUCCAAGGAGGACGAGCUGCUGCGGCUGCACGCCUGCCUGGCGGUGGCCGUGUUGGCUACCAACAAGGAGGUGGAGCGCGAGGUCGAGCACUCCGGCACUCUGGCGCUCGUGGAGCCGCUCGUGGCAUCGCUUGAUCCCGGUCGCUUCGCUCGCUGCCUCGUGGACGCCAGCGACACAAGCCAGGGUCGCGGCCCGGAGGACCUGCAGAGCCUGGUGCUGCUGCUCGAUUCGUCGCGUUUGGAGGCUCAGUGCAUAGGGGCCUUUUACCUGUGCGCCGAGGCUGCCAUCAAGAGCCUACAGGGGAAGACCAAGGUGUUCAGCGACAUCGGCGCCAUCCAGAGCCUGAAGCGCCUGGUUUCUUACUCCACCAACGGCACCACGUCGGCGCUGGCGAAGCGCGCGCUGCGCUUGCUGGGCGAGGAGGUGCCGAGGCGCAUCCUGCCCUGCGUGGCCAGCUGGAAGGAGGCCGAGGUCCAGACGUGGCUGCAGCAGAUCGGCUUCUCCCAGUACUGCGAGAACUUCCGGGAACAGCAAGUGGACGGUGACCUGCUUCUGCGGCUCACAGAGGAAGAACUGCAGACAGACCUGGGCAUGAAGUCAAGCAUCACCCGCAAGAGGUUCUUUAGGGAGCUCACGGAGCUCAAGACCUUCGCCAGCUACGCCACCUGCGACCGCAGCAACCUCGCAGACUGGCUGGGCAGCCUGGACCCUCGCUUCCGCCAGUACACCUACGGGCUGGUCAGCUGUGGCCUGGACCGCUCCCUGCUGCACCGCGUGUCCGAGCAGCAGCUCCUGGAGGACUGCGGCAUCCGCCUGGGGGUGCAUCGCACGCGAAUCCUCUCUGCAGCCAGAGAAACGCUCCACUCCCCGGUGCCCUGUACCAGUGGCAAGUCCAGCGGGGACACCCCGGAUGUCUUCAUCAGCUACCGGAGGAGCUCGGGUUCCCAGCUGGCCAGCCUCCUGAAGGUGCACCUGCAGCUGCACGGCUUCAGCGUCUUCAUCGACGUGGAGAAGCUGGAAGCUGGCAAGUUUGAGGACAAGCUCAUCCAGAGCGUCAUGGCCGCUCGGAACUUUGUCUUGGUGCUCUCCGCCGGGGCGCUGGACAAGUGCAUGCAGGACCAUGAGUGCAAGGACUGGGUACACAAGGCUCCACCACCGAGCCUGGUGAGGAAGGAGCUUCCGGGCAGGUGGUAUGAGAUUGUGACUGCUUUAAGCUGUGCCAAGAACAUUGUCCCCAUCAUUGAUGGCUUCGAGUGGCCGGAGCCUCAGUCACUGCCUGAGGACAUGCAGGCUGUACUCACCUUCAAUGGCAUCAAAUGGUCUCACGAGUACCAGGAGGCCACCAUCGAGAAGAUCAUCCGUUUCCUGCAGGGCCGCCCCUCUCAGGACUCCUCUGCAGGCUCCGAUACCAGCUUGGAGGGAGCUGCACCAAUGGGUCUGCCUUAACCUGUCCCCAGUUCCCACACCCUGCUGACUCCCAGUUCCAUCACCUCCCCACCCCUAAAAGAAGAGCUCCUUUAGACCACCCUGGGCUGAGACAGACCAUACCCUUCUCAGGAAACGGCUUUCCCUGCUGCCACCCAGUGGCCCACUUUACCCCAGAGAUGCCAAGCACGGGGUUAGAUAAGAGGACACUCCUCUGUCAGGCCCUGCCAUCAGGUUCCAACUCCUACCCAGAGCUUAGUUCUGGACACUCAAGGUAGGGGAAAGGCAGUCUCCUAAGAGCAGCCAGCUUGAGUAGGGUGUGGCUGGCAGCCUCUGGCAGGAGUCAGGACAAUGCCUCGGCCCUCCAUCUGGGCCCGGGAGGCAGUUGGGGUUGGCAAUCCCCCAAAGGUUGUCUGCUCACAUUGUGCCUGGCCCCUGGCUCACCUGGCUUCCUGCCACCUCGUGGCCUUGCUCUGUAACUUCUUGGUACCCCUGCCAGACAGCCUCCUUUGCCAGGAGUCAGGGUGCAGCUGAGGCGGCUCUCUACCCGGCCUCAUUGCCCUUCCUAGUGCAAGAAGGUGCCCCUUGCUUAUGCAAGGAGACCAUAAGACUAAGCUUAGUGCUGCGCCUAAGGCUCUUGCCUAGCCUGCUCCAUCUGGCUUGAGACCCACUUGCUCAGGGAAGCCCCAACAGCACCAGUAGCCUGAGCAGAACCUGCACCACAGGGAAGAGGCAAGCCCUUCACGGGCAAGGGCCAAUUCCUGGGGCAGUUUCUCCCACCACUGUGAAUCUUGUCAAAACUCAGAGCAGGCGUCUGGGAAGUGCCUGAGCCUCUGCAGUUUUCAGAUACCCAGGUGGGUUGGUGCAAGGCCCUUGCCAAUCCUCGCCAUGUUCCAAACACCCCAGUCCUGGUCCCUAAUCAUCACAGCAGCCCUUUCCAGUCCUGCCUCCUCAGUCUUACAGAGAGGAGUGGCUGAGGGAUAGGCCCAUGUCCCCAAGUCACUGGUGGCCAUCUCCGCACCCAGCACUGCAGUGUCGAGACCUGAGACUCAUCCGAGGGGCUGUGGCCCAAGCUGGGUAGCAACCUCUCCCUGGCUCCAAAGAACUGAGCAGUAGGGAGUGGGUCUUGGGCUAAAGCUGAGCCAGGGGCAUACAGAAAUAACUGGACAGGACUGUCUAUGUUCUUCCCUCCACUGGACAAGGAAGGCAAGAAAGUCGGCUCUUGCCACUACCCAGCCUCAAGCUUGGAGCUUGCACCACCUUGCUGCUGUCUUCUGGAGGCAGUGGGGUCACAGCUCUUCUGGAGCUGGCCAGGUUACUUGCCCUCGGUCCAUAUUAUCAGAGAGCCAAAGGGCUUUUUCUCCAGGCUUCGGGACAACCUUCCACUGUCCUUGCUAGAGACCCCAACAUCCCUGGGUUGUGGCUGGCCUCCAGCUGUGGCUAUCUGCAAUCCUGUCACCAGUGGCAACCCCAUAUCCUAUUCUGAGGCGAGGCAGAUAGAAUGGUGCCCUUGAUGACAAACUCAAUGACAAUACAGUAUAUGAGUUCCCCCCUGGGGAAAUGUUCUG